AUUGAUAUUUAUGAACCUUUCCAUGUUUCCAGACCAAAGUGGCCAUCUUCUUCAUUUGUUUCAUCAGAUGGAUUAGUUACUGCGAUGGCUUAUCGCCUUCCAAAUGUAGUUAUGGGAGACAGGUCAGGGAACAUACGAUGGUGGGAUGUAACAACUGGGUUUUCUUCAUCAUUUAACACUCAUAGAGAAGGAAUUCGAAGGAUCAAAUUCUCACCUGUUGUUGCUGGAGAUCGAACUAGAGGACGCAUUGCUGUACUUUUUUAUGACAACACAUUUGCCAUAUUUGAUCUUGAUUCACAAGAUCCAUUAGCCAAUUCCCUUUUACAACCUCAAUUUUCUGGAACCCUUGUAGUGGAACUUGAUUGGUUGCCCUUGCAAACUGAUAAAAAUGAACCACUGGUAUUAUGCAUUGCUGGAGCUGAUAGUAGCUUUCGCCUUAUUGAGGUUAAUAUUACUGAUAAAAGAUCUGGAGUUGGAUACCAUUCUAAAGCUAUUAAGGAAAGAUUCCGACCAAUUCCCUUGUGCUGUCCCAUCUUACUUCCUACACCACAUGCUUUGGCACUGCGGAUGGUCUUGCAAUUGGGUGUUAAGCCAUCUUGGUUCGAUACAUGCAAUACAAUUAAGGAUAAUAACACUUCAAGAAAUCAUUCAUCCUGGAGUGACUUUCGAAGUUAUAUGAUUGAUUCACAUCUUCCCACCAUUGGUGACUCUGUGGUGCCAGAAAUGCUUCUUAAGGUGCUGGAACCAUAUAGAAGAGAUGGAUGCAUACUAGAUGCUGAGACUGCUGGGCUAUAUGCUUCUGUGGUAAACGAAGGUUCUGCUGCAAGAUUUGCCUUUGCUGCUGCAAUCUUUGGUGAAUCUUCAGAAGCACUUUUUUGGUUACAGUUGCCUCGUGCUCUUAUUCAUUCAAUGAGGAACUCAUCUAAGAAAUCUCGUCAGAGAGCUUCUGUAUCAGCAUCUACUUCAGAGCUUGAGGACACAUCUAUUCUAAGUAGAAGAGCAUCAAGAGGAAAAUCAAUUCCAGGCAAGGAGAAGAAGGAUACAGUUUGUUAUGGUCGACUUACAUCAAUGGCCUUUGAUCAAGAAGAGUUGUGGAGAAGUGCUAAUGAGCGUAUUCCAUGGCAUGAAAAAUUAGAGGGAGAAGAAGCAAUUCAGAACCGUGUACACGAGCUUGUUUCAGUUGGUAAUUUAGAAGGUGCAGUUAGUUUACUACUUUCUACUCCUCCAGAGGACUCUCAUUUCUAUGCCAAUGCUCUACGUGCAGUUGCUCUUUCCUCUGCAGUGUCAAGGUCUCUUCUUGAACUUGCUGUUAAGGUUGUUGCAGCCAAUAUGGUGAGGACUGACAAGUCAUUAUCUGGCACACACAUGUUGUGUGCUGUUGGAAGAUACCAAGAGGCUUGUUCCCAGCUACAAGAUGCUGGAUGCUGGACAGAUGCAGCAACUUUAGCUGCUACACAUUUACAGGGAUCUGAUUAUGCAAGGGUGUUGCAGAGAUGGGCUGAUCAUGUCCUUCACACAGAGCAUAGCUUCUGGAGGGCUUCAAUAUUGUAUGUUGCAGCUGGUGCAUUGCAGGAAGCAUUAGCUGCAUUCCGUGAUGCACAGCAGCCAGACACAGCUGCCCUUUUCUUACUUGCUUGCCACGAGAUAAAUGCACAAAUUGCUUCCAAAUCAGGGAAUUCAGAUGAUCUUUUGAGGCUAUCAGUUGAAAACCAAAAAUCUAUCUUGCUCCACCUGAAUCCUGAUCAUCAAGAUGUGAUUGCAGUGAGUGAAUGUUAUGGGCAAUACCAGAGGAAACUAGUGCAUCUUUGCAUGGAUUUACAACCUGCUUUUGACUAGCAACAAUGGUUUGCAAUGUACUUCAAUUUCUCCAUUCGAAGAUCCCAUCUAGGUGGAUCUGGAAUCAAGGAUUUCAAGCAACAAAUCAAUUUGCCAGUUUGGAGGUUUUUAACAUCAAGAUUUUCAAGAUUGCUGGCUUCAUUUGGUACAGCUAAAGAGUUCGCAGCUAAUGCAGUGUUUUAAUAGCUUUGGCUUGCAUUGAUUUCAGUUUGACUUGUUUUGACGAUUCCAACUGGAGAAACCAGCAAAUCAGAAAGCACCAUAGCGCAAUUCUUGGGUGAUCUUGGGGACAACAUCUUGACCUAGUUGGUUGCUCAAGAUUGGAAUAGCAACAUCGCAUGCAGUGAUAUCACUGAUUGGUUGCUCAUUAUUGAAGAAAUCAUGUCUCGGAUAUUGGAGAUGUAUUGCAGCUGUUCGUGAAUUAGCAAUAUAGUUUUAUAGUAACUCAGUUUUCAAGAUGAGUUACUGGUACAGUGUACCCUGAUGAGCCCAAAAUUGUUGCCGGAAAAGUUUUGGAUAUAAAGAUAAUGAUUGGUGAUUGGUGAUUGGAUGUUGGGUGUUAGUGGUGGGUUUUGUAUGUCAAUAUUCUUUAUUUGUAUAAAGAUAUCAUUGUAGAAUACCUUCCAUAUCAUUUGAA